GAGAAUUUGCCUCCAACUGUGAUGGUGCUGGGCAGAGAAUUCACACAUCCUAUAUCCAUCUAAAAUCACAGCAAGUUCUCCAUCUCUGAAGUCAGUGUUCCUUUGCUUUCAGGUUUGCAUUGGGAUUUGUAUCUGAAAGAAUUAGCAUUCCCCAAGUGGAAAUUAAGUAAUUGUUUCAAUCUCGUUGAGUUUAUGUCUGAGUAACGAGGGACAGGUAGAGACCCCAAGGUCUAUUGAGCCUGACCCACUCAAUUCUAACAGCUACACACACAAUGCACUAUAAGCCUGCAACUACCACCCUCUAGAAACAGAACCAUUCCUCACUUGAAGGAAUGCUCCAAUUCUUAUCAGCGUGAUUAUGAUGAACUGAAAGGUCUUCUGCUUGACACAUUUUGUUUUGAUGUUUUUAACUCAGUGCAUCGUUGCCCAAAGACACUCAGCAGUUUAGGCAGCUUCUAGGAAAGAGGAACGAAGUUCACGUAUUCAGACUGGCUGAAUCUAACAUUAUGAACGAGUUGUGUGGUCGUCUAUCGCCUAAGUCUGGCAUGACAGAAAAUGCCGUGGAAAUAUGUAAAAGAUGUGGGAGAGGGACGACGUUCCCAGAAUUGUACAAGAAAGAGGAAGCAAUUGUCAUUGCACCAGGAUACGAGUUAUCACGGACUAAAAGUAACAUUGCUGUCCACCUGUGUGAUGAAUUCUUCAAUCGGAUUCAACCUCUGAAGCCAUUUGCUUCAAGAGAACAGCUUGUCACAGACCUGCAGAAACAGAUCGCCGAGCUGGUGAACUUACUGGAGCAGGAAAGUAUCAAGCAAAUGAGCAUUGUAAACAGGUUCCAGACCGAGGGCAGAGAAGCAAGCUUGGCGAUGCAGCGAAAGCAUGAGGAGGAAUUGAGAAAGAUUUUGGAGAUGCACGCUCUCGAAAUCGAGGAACAGCAGAGCAAGUUUGCUGCGAUCCUGGCAUCACAGAAACAGAAAGCAGAGAAAAAAUACUAUGAGCUGAAGAAUCAGUUUCAAAAUUUACAGGCUGCAUUUAUAUCCUUUAAGGAAUCCAUCAUUGAAGAAAUUAAUGAAAGGCUGGCUCAGAAAGAACGUGAACUCAAUGAGAAGCAUGAAAUAGAAAUGAAAAGGGAACUGGCUUUACAGAGGAAUGCUCUGCAACGUAAAUGUGAUGAAGAGAAACAAGCGAUAGUAGACAGUUAUGAACAGCAGAUUGACGCCAUUCUUAAUCAGCACAAAGGAGAGAUGGAUGGUGCUGCACAGCAGUAUAGUGCCAUUAUGGACACGGUUGAUGAGUUGAGAAAUGCAAAGGAACAGAUCAAGGAUCUGCUGCAGCAGCUGGAAAAGAAGAAUGAAGAAAUACGGAAUCAAUCUGAAUAUCUGAGCUUUCUUGAGGCAGAGCUAGCAUACGAUAGAGCUAAACUGGCUGAAAUUGAAGGAACUUACAAGUCAAACAUAGGCUCUAUGAAGAGAAAAUAUGUGACGUCCAUAAAAGCUUUAGAGGAUCAGAACCUUGAUCUAAAACAACUGUUUUCUAUAAAGGCUGAAGAACUUUGCGCCCUUAAGGCAAUGAUUGAAGAGAGAGAGAGAAUAGAUCAGCUUGAAAGAACAAAUAUCCAGCAAUAACAAACAGUCUUUGCAACUAGCAAUCUCGCCAAUAUAGACAUACUGCAGCCAGCACCUCUUCCUGCAUCAAAGCAGGGGACUGGAACUUGUCUGUGUGCAUCACGCCCUGAUGAAGCUGGAAUUUGGAUUUGUGGAGCAAAAAGCAGUGAGGAGCUUCCUUGAUUCUUUUAAAGGGAAAAA